AUGGAGAACAAAGCCACCCUGGAAUACUUUGGCGCUACAACCUUUCGCCUUCGCGCAUUAGGGCUAACAAUAUUCCACGACACCUGGUUGGAUCGACCAUCAUUGAUGCCCGAGUAUCUCAACAUAAACGAUGUAACUGAUGUGGACUACAUAUUGAUCUCCCACGCACAUUUUGACCAUCUGCCUGGAGCGGACAAAAUUGCAAAACGCACAGGAGCCAUCAUCAUCGCAAACAGCGAAGCCAUUAAUCGUCUUCGCGACGCCGCUGUUCCAGAAGAGCAACUUGUCCCUGUCUCUGGAGGUGAGCGAGUCCCUCUCUUCGCUAAAGCCGUGCGCACUGCAGCCAAGGCAGGAGAAGUAGCUCUACGCGGAGGUCCUCCAGGUGCACCUCUAGAACCCCAUCAUUCACUUGCUGUAGCCGAGCUUCACAUCUGGCCAAGCCUCCACUGUCUCAUUCCUGGUGAUCAUGCCACACUGCCAGACAUUUUUGACUCCGGUGCCGUAUACCAAGGCAGCACGACUCCAUUUGACAGUACCUUAGAUAUUACCCGAGGAAUGAAACACGGGCUAUUUCGGCUGAAGGAGAUCAUCGGGGAGGGCAAUAUGGAUGAAAGAACUGCAUCGUUUGCGAGCUGGAUGGAUGACAAAGAGGCGAAUGUCAUGUCCGCCUGCGAUGGGGGGCAACUCAUGUUCAACAUCUUACUCGGAGAAAAGGGUGGAGGAAAUAUGAACAUUCUAUUCAAUGCGCAUCUAGGUGCAUAUGAAGGAAUAGUGAGGAGCAUUCAGCCAAAGCCGACUGUUGCGAUUCUUGGGAUUGCGGGGCGGGCAAAUUUGAAUGGGAGGCCGUUCGAUGGGUCUGCAGCGACGUUUGCAACGAACCUGGUCAAGUGGAUGGGAAUGCCGGAGAAGGUCAUCUGGUGCUUGCAUGACGAGUGGUGA